AUGUCUGCGGGAUUGAAGACCGUCAUCUUCCUCUCGUUUGUGCUCGCCGCGGGCUUCCUCCUGGUCAUCCUCAGCUGCGCGCUGUGGAACAACUGGCUGCCCCUGCUUGUCGCGUUCACAUUCGUCCUCGCGCCGCUGCCAAACUCGAUUUGUUACCGGUGCGCGCGGGCUGACGAUAUUUCCCCCGAGUACAACUCGGCAUACGUUGACUUUGGGCGCUUCCUGACUGGCGUGCUUGUGGCGACUGGCUUCUGCCUCCCCAUCAUCCUCGAGCACUCGGACCUCAUCCAGCCCGGGGCGUGCUGGAUGUCCAUUGCCGGCGGCUUGCUCGUAUACGGCACGAUUCUCGUCUACUCUGGCUGGUUUGGACAGGACAACGACGAUGACGCAUUUUAG